AUUUUUCCUUCUGCAGCCAUGGACUGGGACACGUCACUGAACCAGUCAGGAACGAACAUCUCUUCAGUUUCACCUGCACCUGGACCUGCGUCUUCAUCCACCUCCUUCUUCUCUCCCUGCUGUAACUCGUCCAGCUCCUACUUUUCCACCUCCCUGUACCUGGCCCCCACCUUCUCUGGUCUGGACCUGCUGUUUGAACUGAAGCUCCUGUUCAUCCCUCUCUACUCUGCUGUUGUCCUGGUUGCUCUUUCUGGCAACCUCCUUCUGCUCUUUCUCAUGUGGCACAACAAGAAAAGACACAACACCACCAACUUCCUCAUCAGUAACCUGGCCGUUGUCGACCUGGUCAUGUGCAUUUUCUGCGUCCCCCUGACGGCCUCUUAUGCUUUUGACAAGCGAGGCUGGAUUUUUGGCGCCCACAUGUGUCAUUUUGUCACGGUCAUGCAGUCCGCCGCCGUCUAUGCGGCGGUGCUGUCCCUCAUGGCCAUUGCGGUCGAUCGUUACAUCGUCGUGGCCUAUCCCAUUCGCAAACGAGUGGGUUGCCUGUUCUGCUGGGGUCUGGUGGUCAUAAUCUGGCUGUCCGCGCUGGUACUAUCACUGCCCACGGCUCUGCACAUCGUCUAUCUGGACCUGCAGGCUACAGGCCUGGAGAUGGCUGUGUGUGAGGAGUUCUGGGACGGCCAGGAGCGAGGUCGUCUUAUCUACUCCUGCUUCGUCCUCUUCUUCUCCUACUUCGUCCCCUUGGCUGCAGUCUCCAUUUCCUACUGUGCUAUAUCCUAUCAUCUGAAGCAGAGGACCAUUUCUGGAUUAACAGCGUGUCCAGAGCUGAGGACGGCACGGGCUGUUUGGAGCAAACGGAGGAAGAGGACCUUCUGUCUGCUGCUGGUGUCCGUCCUCUGUUUUGCCUUCUCCUGGCUGCCCUUACAGGUGGUGAAUCUGAUCCGUGACCUGGACACCGACUUCUCUAUUUUGGGAAAAGAUUACAUAAAUGUCAUCCAGGUUUCCAGCCACCUGUUCGCCAUGACCUCCACCUGUUACAACCCUUUCAUUUACGCAUCAUUACACAACAAGAUUCUGUCCUACCUGUGCCAACAACUCCUGUCCUGGAGGAAAGAACAUGGAAAAGACCAAAACGCCGGCUCCAGCACCCUGAAAAUGUCCAAAGUUACGCGUCUUCACACCACAACCAUUGUUGCCGAUCUGCCAGGUCUGGGACAGAGCCGCAUCACUCCUGAAGAGAACUACGCUUGAGUUUUUACACCACA